AUGUCACUUUUACGGACCCACUCCGGUCCGCCGGAAUCCAAUCAGGUGGCCUGCAUAGCAAUACGACCAUCAAGCUUCACUCCUGGGUUGCGAGAAAAUCGUCUGUUGGCACUCAUCGACGCUCACUUCAGCCUUUAUCGGGGGAUUCAAUUCGAACUCUCUGCCACCUCGCGCGAGCAUGUCACGGUUAUAGACGAAGCCCUUGGCCUCCUUUCUAAACACAAAAAAGACGCGAUCAUGCCACCCCAUCCCCUCCACCCGCGGUCGCGUAUGACCUCAUCUCUCUUCGCAACCACAGUUGUCGCCAGUUUUUUUGUCGUUGGUCUACCGCAUCUGUUGCCCUGCCCGGCACCAAGGGUCACUUACGCCGAUGGAGAUAUUGUUGUAGGAGAGGAUGGUCGACGAAGGAGAAGGAAGCGCCGCGAAAACCCUGAAAUCAAGGACGGCAUUGUUAAUUUCGAUCAAGUUGGCGACGAGGAAACUCUGCAAGCAAGGGAGGAGCGGUUGAGGAGGGAGUGUCCAGUACCGAAGCCGGGUGGCAUACUAGGAGAGUGGUUGGGAUUCCACGGACCGAGCAAAGAAGCACAAGCGGCACCGAGAGUCGUAAGGUGA